AUUAUCCUCAGUGUGGGUUUUCUGCUGAUUUGCCGCUCGUUUCAUAUAGGCGUUCCGCCGAAUGCACGUUGUUAACGAGGGGUUUCACUUUCCCACCCUUUUGGCGGCUGUACGUUCCUCGCGGGUUCUCAGCGUACCCCUCGGGGCUCCCACGUCGGCGACUGUAAGUGCCCCUCACCCACCCCGGAGCGCAGCCGCCGCGGGCCCCCCCGGCCCAUCUGCGGGCACCGCGGCGGGGCCUCGCUCCGUGCGGGCUCGCGUUCCGGGCCGGCGCCCCGCGGCUCGGGCGCGGGCAGGGGGCGGAUUUUUCAGAUGUUUUGGUGCAAACACCAUUUGCUUCCUCGGGGAGAAGUUUGGCCGUCAGCUUCGGACGGGCGCUUGCGUAAGCGGCCCGCGAGACCCGCGCGGCCGUCGGGGAGCGGCGGGAGCGCGGCGGAGCGCGAGGACGGAUGGUGAGCAGCCCCUGGGCCCAUCUUCCCUGGUGUGUGGCGAUGGGAGCCAACCAGCAGCGCUGAGGGGAGGAAGAGGAGCAUCGCCCCACCACAACAUGGCCCCGCGUGCUGGCCCGCCCGAUGGUGGCUGGGGCUGGAUGAUCGUGGCUGGCUGCUUCCUGGUCACAAUCUGCACCAGGGCCGUGACGAGGUGCAUCUCCAUUUUUUUCGUGGAGUUCCAGGCAUAUUUUGGGCAGGAUUAUGCCAGAACAGCUUGGAUCCACUCCAUUGUCGACUGUGCCACGAUGCUCUGUGCCCCACUUGGGAGUUUAAUCAGUAAUCAUGUAUCCUGCCAAGUUGGUAUCAUGCUAGGAGGGCUGCUUGCAUCUACUGGACUAAUCCUGAGUUCCUUUGCCACCAGCCUGGAACAUCUCUAUUUAUCAUUAGGAGUCCUUACAGGACUUGGGUUUGCACUCUGUUAUUCUCCAGCUAUUGCAAUGGUGGGCAAAUACUUCAACAAAAGGAAAGCACUGGCUUAUGGAAUAGCUAUGUCUGGAAGUGGAAUCGGUACCUUCAUCCUGGCUCCUGUGGUCCAACUCCUAAUUGAGCAGUUUUCCUGGCGUGGUGCAUUACUUAUCCUAGGAGGUUUUGUUCUAAACCUCUGUGUCUGUGGUGCCUUGAUGCGGCCUAUUGCCCUUGAGGAGGACCAUAAAACUGUGCCAGGGCUUCUUGAAAAAGAUUAUGUCCCUGAAGUACAGAAACGAGACUUGAAGAGAAUGUCUCUCUGUUCACCUUUAAUCAAAGCAUGGUCGCAUGAAUGUUUAUGCUACUGCUCAUGGAAGGAAUAUGACUUUUUACUGAUGCCGGGCUUCAUGGUGCUUGCGGUGUCUGUUUUAUUUAUGGCAUAUGGCUGUAGCCCUCUAUUUGUCUACUUAGUGCCUUAUGCUUUGAGCGCUGGAGUGAGCCAUCACCAGGCUGCCUUCCUCAUGUCCAUACUUGGUGUCAUUGAUAUCAUUGGUAAUAUCACCUUUGGAUGGCUAACAGACAGAAGGUGUCUGAAGAAAUAUCGGUACUUCUGCUACCUCUUUGCUGUAGGAAUGGAUGGCCUCUGCUGUCUUUUCCUGCCAGUUCUCCAAAACUUCCCCUUGCUUGUGCCUUUCUCAUUUACCUUUGGAUACUUUGAUGGAGCCUAUGUAACGCUGAUCCCUGUCGUGACGGCGGAUGUCGUGGGAACGUCUUCUUUAUCAUCAGCUCUGGGUGUUGUGUACUUUCUGCAUGCCAUACCAUAUCUAGUGAGCCCACCCGUUGCAGGCAAAAGCUGCUCAAAACUGCCAGCACAACCUUUCUUCAGACCUGUGUGGCAGCUGAGUUUGGGGACUUAAGUUUCAUUUUAAUGUACAUUAAUAAAAAGACAAAAAAAACAUUCUUCAGUAUUUUAGGAGUUACAAACUGCAUACGCACUUGGGGGGAAAAAAAGGUUAAAUUUAUUAGUACUGAUGAAAAUAGUGUUUUAGAUCCCAAAACAAAUGUUUCAUAUCAAAAAGUAGGGAAUAGUGUGGUCUAUAAAAGAGAUUAUUUCAACACCUUAUAAGUUAUCGAGCACUUGUUUUACAAACAUUUAGUUGUUUGGUUUUCUUUAACCACAUCAUGAUAUGUCAGCAGUUGUUAGGGCCAGAACUGUGUAUUAUCAAAGCCUGUUGGAAUACUGCUAUAACAUUGUGGUCUGGGUAAGUAAUACAAAUUGGGUUACAAAUUAUUAGCAUAUGGGGAUUCUUUUAAACAAUUUUGAGAAAUUUUUUUGAAGGGUUUUCUGUUUAUAAACAUGAACAUUCAUUUGUAAUUAAGGCAGUAUUUAUUGUUUUAAAUAUCAAUUCAGCAGAAAACAGUCAAAUUGUUUUAUACACAGACCUUUUAUGUAGAAAAUGGUAGAAUUAUUUCAGGGUUUCUAGUGCUGUUUCUGCUUUGACUUAAGCCGGUGGACAAAGGCUUAGGUACCAGAACGUCCCUUCCUGUGCAUAAAACUCAGUAUAAAAUAUCAGUCCUGUGAUGAAGCUCUCCAUCUAAGAAACUCGGAAGGAAUGAAGCAUAGCGAGAAAUGGAAGUGGAAUAACCAGGAAUACAACCCAAGUUUGCUAAGCCUCAUGCCAAGCUUCUGCUCAGUGUGCCGCACAACCUGAAAUGAACUUCUCCAUCCUGACACGUGAAAUGGGUUAUACUGUUUUUUAAAAUGGUUAAUUAUAUAUGCAACUUUUUCUUUUUUUUUUUUUUUUUUUCCAGAAAUGAUACCGUUCAGGCUGUUCUCAUAGAGGGUGAUGCUGUCAGGGCACAGUGUGGCAAUAGGCAGAUAUUGGACAAGCUGUGAACAGUUUGCCAGGAUAACACCGCAUUCCCACCAGUCCUAUUGAGCACUAGUAGAGGAUAUAGCCUUGGAUGGGGCACUGCAUUGCUGAACCUCUCUGGCUGCCCAGGACUUGGCUGAGGCAACAUCUGCCCGAGACAGAAACAGAUGGAUCCUACUGCAAAUGAAUCCUGCCUGCAGUAAUGCUGUAUUCUGUGCAGCAUAGCAGAUCUCAGUGCAAGUAAGUGCAGAAUGUGAUCUUUAAUUGGUUUUAUAAUUGCUAUUUUUCUAGGUCUUUGGGCAGCUCUGCUGUUUGAAUUCUGUGUUUUGUCUUGUCUUGUCCCUGUGGAAGGCUGAAUUUUCAUGUUAGCAAAAGACAGCUCAACAGUCAGGGCCGAUCUCAUCUUCCAUAUCCAUGUGGAUUGAGCAUGUUCUGCUACAUGGAGUGAAUGAGCAGAUCUUGAAAAGCACGGCUUGUUGGGGCUCCUGUGAACGGGGCCAAAAGAAGAGAAGGAAAGAAAAAAGGUGCUUAGGGCAAUUGCUCUCAAGUGUCCACAAACAGGCCCUAGAUUUGCAAAGGCGAGCUGUGAUGAAACCACAGACUUGUUGGUCUGUGUCUGAAUUUAACCCCCAGCUGCAAACACUGGGAACUGCCUGGCCGGUGCAACCUGCAGCGCUGUCCUGGGUGGCAGCUGGGUGUUUGCUGGGGGCAGAUGCUGGAUGCUGCCAGGGCUUCCUGAACAACAGUGAGUUACGGUGGAUUGGGAAAGCGACUGCUGAAAUUACAUUUGCUUCUGUUCCAGGAGCUUUGAAAUGGAGAAAUGAUCGUUCUUUUGAAAUUGCUUGUAUUUAAGAGAAAAUCCUUUAUCUGAUUUGAAAAAGGAUAAAGUUUUGGAGAGGAAAACAUCUAAUAAAUUGUUCCUUGAAAAUGGUGUGACAACAGUGUUGGAGAAGUAAAGCACCUUCUGUUAAAAAAUAACCAUGUUCUGAGAAAAGAAAAAAUA